GAUGAAAUCGUUGUUGUAGACCUCGUUCACCCUAGUUUCCCCCGUGAAACCAAUAACCAACCCGGACGUAAACUGUGUGUCUCUCCUUAACUCCAUUGUACAACCGACAAAAUGAAAUCGUUUCUAGUCGUGCUACCCGUAUUCCUGCUAUCGGUCCAAGGGGUGACGUCACAAUACCUCGGAGAAACUGACGAGCGCGCAGCUAUACCUCCUCAUGAGGACCCCGGUCACAACACACACCAGGAAGCGAUCAUUUACGCUUGCUUAGCAGUCGUCGUCGUCCUCGCCGUACUCUGCACUCUCAUCCUUUGGUUCGUAGUUGAGCGUAACAAGAGCGACAUUCGACGCUUGGACAAGAUCAUCCCCGAAAUCGCAGAGAGAAUGAGGAAGGAGACGAUUACAGCGAACGGGGAGCUGAUGUCGGGUACAUUGACAGCUUCGCACGAAUUUGAGACCGAGUUUCUGACGAAUGAGGAGGUGCAGUUGACCUCGUAUACGAGGCGGAAUGAGGGAGAAACGGCAGCCGAGGCUACCGCCACGCCAUCCGAACCGGCUAAUGGUGACGUACCACGCGACCGCGGUGAAGACCAUACAGAGACGAAUCGCGAAGCGGUAAGGACCGACGCGGUAAACGAUGAUAAUCAAGACGAUGUCAGAAGACACGGUCAACGUCAAGAAAGAAGCGAACGUCACAGCAAUCGGCAUGAUGAACGAAACCGCAGUGGAAGUCCCGAGAGGCGUGCGCAUCACAACUCCUACGAGCGGCGUUCGCAUGACCGUUAUUCCACGCCCCACGAUUACGCCGUCGUCGCUCGUCGUCAAAACCACGCCCGUCCACCGCCACCGUCAUACCGCCACACAUACGAUGGUACGUACGACAAUCCAGUAAUGUCACUGCAAGACGAACAGGAUUAUCGACGCUCACGCAGGAACGGUCCAGUGCCGACGCCUGCACCGAAACCAGCAAAGCGUAAUGUGCGUCCGUCGUCUGCUUAUGUGGCCUCUGGAAGUGAAUACCCAGAAGAAACACCCCGUCCAGUAUCGAUAAUAGGCAUUAUGGGGGAAGAAGAUGGCAGAAGACCAACUCGGCAUGGGCAUGGCCGUAGAUAUAAAUCAAUAUUAUAUGAGAGCCAUGUUUGAUUUAUAAAGCAUAUAUCAUGUCCCUACGCAAAAUAGACACUUUUCUUUUCCAUGUUUUAAUUGUCAGAAAUUAUUGAAAUGACUGAAUGGGAAAUUAUCAGUUAGGCCUAUAUCUGUUUCUUAAUAGCAUAAUCAGAAUAUAGCACAUUAUUGCUCAACUCAACUUUAUAUUACAGAAUGAGAUCAUAUUAUAAACAACGGACCGUUUUAGAUUUUCUGACGCAACUUCUGAGACACGAUUUUGAGCAAAAUGCUGUUGUGCAUAUGCGCGAACGGUUUAUGCUAACUUUUAUUACAAGGGGUUGGUCUGCUUCUCAGAUAGUCCAAUACCACAUUGGAUACAGCGACUUUGUCUAAUGAUAAUAACAAUAAUAAUAAACUGGUGCUAUAUAGCGCACACUGUUAAAGAUAAUUUAAACAACUCUUUCUUCCUAGAUGAAUCUUUGUUCUGGAAGGCGUCAAGGGUCGUGGAAGCGAAAACUCCCUGUUGCUUAUUGAGAUCCGCUCCGACAUUAGCUGUCAGUUACAACCAUGGUUCCCUACCAAAUUCAUUAUGUUAUUACCAAUGACAAAAGGUUGGUCAGUCUAAAGUCGGUUCGUGUUUAAUAUCGAACAGAAGUAGCUGUUGAUGAAGAAAACUAAAUAGUGAAAAUCUUGCCAACUAUCAUUGAAUCACGUAUAUCGCAUACAUCUUUCAUUAUUUAAAUGAUUCUCUCUCUCUUGUUAGAAAACUUACACUUCCAUUUCGUCUGUAUACUUACGUGUAGGUCUGCAUACUUUACAUUUAUUACUAGUCAGUGGUCGCUCGAAAAUAGAAAUAAUAAUUCCUUAGUCGACAUUUGUAGAAUUAGGAUGGUGAUACAUCGAAAGUGAACUGAAGCCAGCGUCGGAAGCCAGCGACUUGUGCGUAUCACCUCAAGUGGACUCAGGCAGUCUUGACCACUGAACAUGCUGAAGUAGAAAUAGUCUCGUUUCAAUAGCUGGCUUAAUUAUGCGUAUCAUUUCAGGGGGAUAAUCCAGACUUUUCACACCAAUUCCUUUGAAAAUGCAAGUCAAAUCACAAUGAAGAGCAGAGAAGCUUUUGUAGAAAGUUGAUGGACCGGGACAGCAUCGGAAUAUCUUGACGCUGGACAACGACAUACAUGUAUUUGCAAUUGUUCGUCCGGUGUACGUAAAUCUUCGGAUGAUCAUCUGCCCCAGUCCACUAAUUUUCGACAAAAGCCUCUCAACUCUCCAUUGUGAUUUUAAUUGCAUUUUCAAAGGAAGUGGUGUGAGGUGUGAGUUCCUCUUAGGAAAUGCGAAAAGUUCGGAAUAUCUCAAGGCGGCCUCAUUCUUUUUCGGCGUAUUGGUGCAUCACCAUCCAUAUUGCAGGAAUGAGGUGGCUUCAAAGCCGGUAUGGGAUGCGGCUUGUGCAUCAGAGGCCGAAGUCGACGUCACAAAGUGAAGUAUUAAUGGUUAAUACCCAAGUUGCACCGGCUGUUAAAACAGACCGAAUAAAUUUUCGUCUGGUAUACUAUCGGUUAGUUUAUCGAGGGCGUUUAUAUGACUGUACCAUAUGUAUAUUGAAUAUGUAGCAAUAUUUAUUUCUUGACAGGUUAACUUCUUGCCAUAUUUGAAUAUAUGAUGUUUAAUAUUCUUUCGAAUUUGAAUAUUAUUAAGCAUUUGUUUUCUAUUUUCUUUUUUGUGAAUACUUAUUCUUUUUCUUGGUAAUUAAUCUUUGUAAUAUAAAUAAAAUUUAUGGUAAAAUAUUAAGUGUUAUAUUACUAUAAUCGGACGCAUUUAAGAAUGAAUAAACGAUGCUACACCAGGCUUUGCGAUUUGUCAUAAAAGUUGGAAAAUCGUGAAACAUGAUAUUAGUGUAUUAUCUUCAUACGCAAUCAACGACGUUCAUAGGUCUCCGUCAUUUUGUUUUAUGAGGUAGGGGGUAGUUAUGAUCAACGGCAAAAGGGGAAAAAUUGUUUGCCGAUUGACAAAUUAUAUAGGAUGAUAAAUAUGUCAAGGGCAUUCUCCUUUGGGAAGAGAGCCAAAUGUAUUAUGUGUAGAAUUUAAUAUUAUUUGCCCCCCCCCCACCGCCAUGAAUGAAUGAAUGAAGUUUUCCGCAUGUCAACAUCGCUUUUUAAUAAUUGAUUCAUGAUGCUCGAAAUCAUUACGAAUAGAGAACGUGGUUUUAAAUAACACCGUCAUUGGCUGUUUUACUACGUAAUUGCAAUUGAGUGCGAGAGAUCAGUUUGUCAUACGAACCAUUGUUAUAUACUGCCAUCUAUCGGCAAACUUGUACUUUGUCACGAACUGUAAUGUAUUUUUGCAAUAAAUAGUUUUGUAUGGUUAAGUAA